UAACGCACAGGACACCAAUCACUUGCGAGUUAUAUAUAUGACCAUAAAUUACGUAAUUUUACAAUCACAAAUCUCAGUUUUGUCCUGUGUACAGUACUAAAGUGUACAUAUUAAGCCAUGUGGUCUUUGUGACGAAAAAACACUUUGUUGCAGUAGAUACAUGCGUCGUCUAGCAUUAAUGUAAAUAAGACACUAAUGGUUAUGAGCGGAAUGUAGAUUUAUCGCCAGUAAAAUCAUGCAAUUUACUUAAAUAUACAUGGAAACAAUUUAAUGAGAAAAUAACAAGAGUAUUUAUCUUAUGUUAGGUGGUAGUUGUGGUCUGUAUAUUGCUUUUGUACAUGGGGCAUUUGUUGAUCAAAAUUUGUAGUCGUCAUGAUGUAACAAAAUGGCCAUGGUUUUUACCCACUAUUACUGUCGUUUUAGCUUUUUCCUGAACUUGGUGCAAACCAAACAUAGCAAACUUUGCUCCUACUAGGUUCUAUAAAGUCUUUCCUGGACAUAGUUGUAAAAGCAACUUUGAAAUUUUUUACAUAUCCUUUGAAAAUUGAUUUUUUGUUCAACAUACACUCAGUGUACCUAUGAUCUGAGCCGUACUCAUAUAUGAUCUACACAUUGGUUAAUAUAUAAUAUGGAUACAAAAAUAUAAUAUAUUUUUGCCAAAAUGAUAAUCUACAUACAUUAUCCAGGCCCUAAUCUUGCCGGUGAAAUGAGCGGAUUUUUUUCAGUGAAAGUCAACUCAAGUCGCCGAGUUAUUAGCAGUAGUGAGAAGUCGAAGUCGCCUCCGUAAUAUUCUGGACCUAAUCCGAUUUCAGAAACGAAAUCACACAACAGACGUCACGACCCUGUGUCACAAUAUGUCAGCCUGUGUUUUUUCUUUGGCACCAGACUAUUGCCUUGAUGCCUGACGAUGAGUACGAUAGAGCUGAAGAAAUGUGGCGUCAAGUUUGACCCACCUGCUCUUGUCCUAAUGUACAUGGACCGCAAGGCGAACAAACUGAGACUGAGGACGAUGCCGCUACGCAACUUCGACAAAUCAUCGAAACUCGAAAACGUCAUUGAAGGCCUCAAGUCGAAGCAGGCGAAAUACGUCGCUCACAUCCAACCCGCACAGCUGCUGAGACUGUUGACAAUCAUUAAAGACAAGCUGAACGGAAUGAGCCUGGAGGCAAGUCUAGCGCGGAAUGAUGCCCUCGAUCAGAUAGAUCCAGAUGAAGACUUGAACAAGCUCGACGAGGAGACUCUGUGGAGGAAGAAGUUACUCAUGGACAAGGAGUUCGAGAAAAACAGGAAGAAACCUGGCGAUCCAGAAUUUCAGUAUGAGGUGACUGAAGAAUUCGAAACCGAAGGUCCUGGGAUUGAAUCUGCUGGCUGGGACUCAGAUGGAUCUGAUCCUGAAUUUUAAUUGGUUGAAUUCUGAGGAAGUGGAUGAAAUCUGAAUUCGGAUGGGCUAAAUUCUGAGGGAUUGGAUGAAAUCUGAAUUCGGAUUGGAUGAAAUCUCAGGAAGUGGGUUAAAUCUGAAUUCUUAUUGGUUAAACCCUGAGGAAGUGGUUUAGAUCUGAAUUCUAAUUGGUUGGAUUUUGAUGAAGUUUCUAUAUUUAAAAUUUUAUUGAUUAAACUCACAUGAUUACUGUAGAUCCUGAAAUUAACGCGUCCCAAAAUUAAUGCGAGUUACAGUGGUCAGACUAAAAUACGACAUCAAAUUAAUGCAAGUGGUCUCCCUUUGAAAUAUUAACUUUCCUAACACCACAUGUCUGUGUACCUUUUGAUUAAAUCCAAGUUACAGUAGUCUUCAAUGACAUCAACUCCCUAACAUGUCAGUGUAAACACCAGUUCACCUAUUUAGUACCUAUUGGAUUUGAUGAGAUCAACUCAAAGCAUAUUUUUGGGCCCUACUUUACUUUAAGUUGAUAG